UUCCAAUCAGGAACACAGAAAGUCGGGCUCGUCUGUUGUAGUCACCUAACAGGCACUUCAUGAUGUUGGCGCUGUCAGCUGUUUUUGUUUGUUUUGAGCUGUUUUGGUUGAAGUGUUGGUCACUUAGCUAGAAAUCUAUUGUUUUUUUUGUAUUCUGGUACACGUAUUUUGAUAACAGAGUUGGGACCCCUUCGUGGGGGAUUCCAAGGAAAACGUAUCCUUAAAUUGAUUGUGGCUGUGGACGGUAUAAAUACAACGCGAUGGAACCAGGGGGACAUCAUUUGGAGGGAGCCCGGGUUUCGGAUCGGCUCAUCUCUGCUUCUUUUAAUCAAGACUGCACGUCAGUUGCUGUUGGCACCGAGUCAGGCUACAUUCUGUUUUCUUUGUCUUCUGUUGAGAAGUUAGACCGGAUACACGAAUGCAGUGACAUUCCAGAGGUUUACAUUGUAGAACGUCUCUUCUCCAGUAGUCUGGUUGUUGUCGUCAGCCUACAGAUGCCUCGGCGAAUGAACGUCUACCAUUUCAAGAAGGGAACAGAGAUCUGUAAUUACAGUUACUCUAGUAAUAUUUUGUCUGUCCGUCUUAAUCGUCAGAGGCUUAUAGUGUGCUUGGAGGGAGCCAUCUAUAUCCAUAACAUUAAGGACAUGAAGCUACUAAAAACUAUUUCUGAUACUCCUUCAAAUCCCACAGGACUUUGUGCACUUUCAAUCAAUCAUUCCAAUUCAUAUUUAGCAUAUCCUGGCAGCUCAAGCAUUGGGGAAAUUCUGGUUUAUGAUGCAAAUAAUUUGAACAUAGUAACAAUGAUUCCAGCUCAUGACAGCCCUCUUGCUGCUAUGGCAUUCAACUCCACAGGAUGCAAGCUGGCAAGUGCCUCAGAAAAGGGCACUGUUAUCCGAGUGUUUUCUGUUCCGGAAGGGGAGAGACUCUGUGAAUUUAGGAGAGGCAUGAAGAGGUAUGUCAACAUCAGUUGCCUAACUUUCAGCAUGGACUCCAGGUUUCUCUCCGCAUCUAGUAACACAGAGACAGUACAUAUCUUUAAACUGGAACAACUUAGCCAAUGCAGUCCUGAAGAGUCUCCUUCUUGGAGUGGAUAUAUGGGGAAAAUGUUUAUGGCAGCCAGUAACUACCUCCCAACUCAGGUGUCCGAUAUAAUGAACCAGGACCGGGCUUUUGCAACUGUACGUCUGAAUUUCUCUGGACAAAGGAACGUCUGCAUGUUGGCUGUGAUUCAAAAGUUGCCAAGAUUGUUGGUUGCAUCCUCCGAAGGAUACCUGUACAUAUAUAAUCUGGAUCCUCAGGAUGGAGGGGAGUGUGUUUUAAUAAAGAAACACAGGUUGUUUGCCACUGACAAGUUGGAUGAGAGGAGAGAUUCUAACUUCAGCUAUGGGGAAACCCCAACAUAUGCAGCAACUGUGGCUAGAAAAAGCAUAGUGCCUUCAACUUCAACAGUGCCAGGUUACUCAGAAGAUGGAGGUGCACGGAAAGGAGAGAUUAUACCAGAACAUGAAUUUGCAGUUGGACCUGUACGUCUGGAUGAUGAGAAUGAGUUUCCACCUGUAAGCAUCCUGAAUAACUAAAACUGAAACUCAAGCACUUGCAAAUGGACCAAAUGACAAUCCUGCCAUGGCUGUGUGGCUGUACUUUACAGUUCUUGAAACAACUUUUUUCAUGGGGUACCAUUCUCAUCAUAGUGGAAUAACUACAGCAUAGCCUGAGAGCAGUUUUUAUUUGCAGAUUCUAUUUUUACAUUUACCAGAACUUUCCAGAUCAGAAGACUGCAUGCUGUGAAAGUUUAAUUUUUAUUGUCCAUGCAUUACUCUGAACAGAUCUACAGCAGUCUUCCAGAAGAUUUCAUCAUUAACUCUGAAGUGCUGUUUAAGCUGUCCCCCCUUUUGCCACAAAAUAUUAUAGCUUUAGUUUUUUUUAGUGAACUUUCGAGCUGUUAAAAAUUCUACAGUAUGAUAUCCCCUGCCUUUUCUCUUCAGUUUAGUGUAGCUUCAGAUGUAUACUUCUUCAUGGUACAUAAGUGUCCUCUUCAUGCUUUCUGUUGAGAUAGGUUGUGCUUGUGUUAUUCAUGCUUUUUAGCAGGUAGACUAUAACCAGAACAUACUGGUUGUGAAAUGGAACUGACAUAUUUUGUUUACAAUCUGAUUGUGGAAUUGCAGUGUGGAGAAAAUGCUAACUCCUAGGGCAAGCAGGAAAAUGUGCUAUAUUGUGAAAUAACUUUAUUGCUGAAAAGGUAUUAGUCAUUUAUAGCCAGUGGGAUUUUUGUUGUAAACAAGGCUAAGCUGUGCUUUUAUGGAAGUAGAACAGUGUUUCCUUUUUUAACAGUAAUUGAUGAUUGGCUGUGGGCAGUGAUGGUUAAACCUAUUACUACGUAUACACAGCAGUGGGAGUGGAGCAUUGCUAAUAUGCAAUUCCAUUAUUUAGAAAAAUUUAGCUUCUAAAGAGAGGCAUUUUAACUCUGAUCUUUUUCUAGUAGUGUCUUUAUCACCUUCUGUAGCUGGGGAUUGCUUUCUGAUGAACUGAUGUACAUGAUAUGCCACAUAUGCGUUCAGCUCAAUGCAGUUAGCCCCACAUUUUAAUUUUUUAGGAACCUGAGGUGCACAUGCAUUCUACAGAUCACGUCAGCAUGCUUGCACACUCCUGUUGUCCUAGUUCUUGAACAUUUUGUAACUUGGCUUUUGUUCUUUGUUGUAUUGGACUUUGGAAGGGUGAAAGUUUAGUAAACAGAGUGAAAGUUUGUUUUCCACGCUAUCAUUUUAUGUAUUUGCUUUCUGGGGAACAUGACAGUUGUAGCUUUUGGUUUUAACAGCAACAGUCAGCUAGACUUGCUGCUGCGAGUGAUGCUGGUCUUGCAACAGGCAUGCUGAUUUUUUUUCUCCAUUCAGCAUGCAUGUUGUGAUAGCUAACAUUCAUCAUAUAAACUGCUUCGUGCAUAGCCCUUUAAAUGCUGGAGUUUUCCUGCAAACAGCCAUGUGUUGCUGUUAUGCUCCAAAUUUCACAGGAUAAGAAGUUUUAUAAACUACAAAAGCAGUGUUAGUAAAAUAAUUUUUUCUGAGCCAGUGAUCUGCACAACAGAUUUGCAGAUCUAUAGACACCUAUUUAUAAACUUUGCAUAAAAGUUCAAGUGUAUGAGAUUUGUUUUUGAUUUUUUUUUUUAUUUUCAGUUCGUCUUUAACUUGACUAUACUUGGAAGAGAUAGACUCAUUGCUCUUCUUUGUAGACUUGAAGGUAAAAGCAACUCUUGGUUUCCAUCAGUUAAGUAUGGCUACUGUUGUUUUACCAGGAAACUGUGUAACUUGAAAUACUUGUUCUGCAAAGGUAGAUUUGUAUAGCAUGUUAGUUUUUACCCCACCUACCUCCAUUAUUACCUGAGGACCUGCUGGCCAGUGGCCUGUUUUGUUUCUUCUACUCUGCCCUCACGAGUCCAUUCCUUUGUGCUACUCUGACCACUAAAGGAUGUAAAUUUGUGUAUGUGUGUAUAUGCAUGCAUGUAUUCGUGGAAAGGGCAUUGACUUCAAAUUGCUACUGCUAGUGAAUUCUCUGUUGUCCUCCAUUCUCUCAUAAAUAUUGUGGUCUGAAAAGAAGUAUCCAUCCACAUAUGAAUACAACACCCCUUUCAGUAGCAUGGUCCUCUGCACCAAAUUUCUAACUUGUCUUGGGAGGACAUCUGCUGUAGUGGCUCUUGUCUCUUCCUUGCACUGUAAAGGCAACAGUGAAGUAGCCAUUCAUGUACAUCCCCCACCAAACCCUCCUAAGCUAUGGGCUGUUGUUCACAUUCAGAUCACUACUAGCUUGGUAGGACACCCUCCCUAGUGCCAGAGGGCUAACGUGAACUUUUUGAUGCAGUUAAUUGCUUUGUCACUACACUUCUUUAAGUCCAAAAACUCAAAAGUCCAAAAAUCAACUUCACAAACUGAAAAUGCUUAGUAGCAACUGGAAACGGGUGUAAAAUCCUUUUGUUUAUUACAUAUCUUUGACCAUCUGGGCAUCAGCAAAAAGUAGUAGCAGUUUGACAACUGAAGCAGAAAGUGUUCUAGACCCUUUGAAAUUCUAAAUCUUUAUUUGCAGCAGAAUCUGAUGUUAUUGUAGCCUACAUAGUUACACAAUAAAGUAAUACUCGACAUG